UUAUUUUAACUAACAAAAAUCCUUACUUUUUUUACAUUUCAUAAAACAUACUCUACUUUUCUUUCUUUUUGUUUUGUUCAAGGAAGGAACACUGUGACAGUAGAAGCAAGCAAGAACUAGGCUAGCAGCAGUUUCCACACAAGCCAAAACCAAAACCAAAACCAAAACCAAAACCAAAAUAAAAACUGUAGUUGUCAAAGUAAAAGAAAGGUUGAGUCUAGUUUACGCCAAAUGUGUCUUCUUAUUCUUCUCCUUCUUGUCAGACCCAUUACUAUAAAAGAAGCCACACUGCAUCCUUCUCCAUACCCUUUUGCUUUCUUUAUCCAAUAAUAAUAACUCCAUUUUCCCUCUGUCUUCCCCCCCCUCUACACAAAAAUAUUAUUAGCAUGGAGAAGGUGAAUUUUGUGAAGAAUGGAGAGCUUAGAUUGCCUCCGGGGUUCCGUUUCCACCCGACUGAUGAGGAGCUGGUUCUGCAAUACUUGAAGCGCAAGGUCUUCUCCUGCCCUUUGCCAGCCUCUAUCAUUCCUGAGCUUCAUGUUUGCAAGUCUGAUCCUUGGGAUUUGCCAGGUGAUUUGGAGCAAGAGAGAUACUUCUUUAGCACCAAAGUGGCCAAAUAUCCCAACGGAAAUCGCUCCAACAGAGCCACAAAUUCGGGUUAUUGGAAGGCAACUGGCUUGGACAAACAAAUUGUUACUUCAAAAGGCAACAACCAAGUUGUCGGAAUGAAGAAGACACUUGUUUUCUACAGAGGCAAGCCUCCUAAUGGAUCCAGAACUGAUUGGAUCAUGCACGAGUAUCGCCUCAUCCUUAACGCCUCUCAGUCUCAGAGCCAUGUUGUUCCCAUGGAAAAUUGGGUUCUGUGUCGCAUAUUUUUGAAGAGGAGAAUUGGUGCUAAAAAUGGGGAGGAGAGCAACUCUAAGGUGGUUUUCUAUGACUUCCUAGCGCAGAACAAGACCGAUUCCUCCUCAUCGGUCGCCAGUGGAAUUACACAUGAAUCAGAUGAACAUGAAGAGAGCAGUAGCUCCAACACCUUCCCUUAUACUAUUAGAAGAAAACCUUAACAACCUUCCUUAAAAAUUUAAGUUCAUUAUCUAGUUGUUGUUUUUAAUUGUCUUUCCCUUUCCCUGUAAUUAUCAUCAAUCACUUGUUGAAAGGAAGCAUCCUCUUCCCAAAUGAGACCGGCAUUAAGGGUAGUCUGGAGAGUAUGGUACUAAUACUAGUAGUAGUGUGUAAUACACUUCUCAUUUCCCUUCAAUUUAACCCCUUUUUUUUCUAA